CACUUCGGCUGUGUGUUUCGAGAUUUGUGUGGUUGGUUUGGGGUCGUUGAGGGUGUUGAGACCACCUCUCUUCAUUGAUAAAAAGAUCACAAAUUCAAAGGCCGAAACAUUUAAAAAUUUGAGGAGACAUUAAAUUUGGUUUUGAUUAUUUUGCAUAGGAUUGCGGGCAUUGUGCGUGUUUUUUAGUCAGUGUCAAAACUCAGGUGACGUACUGCAAUAAACCAAAAGUUAAAUAAAAGAGAGAAAAAAAGACCCGCUGGUUCAUUCUAUUUUCUAUAUAUUCCGGCAGCUUUGUAUGCCGGCGGCAGUAGUGGCUCGCCGGUGUUGAAUUACCAGUAAGUGAAAGGAUGAGUACGCUAAGACCGUCGACUUCGGAGCUGGAUUUGGAUCGCCCCAAUAUAGAGGAUUACCUCCCUUCUGGAUCCAUCCCAGAGCCCCACGGCAAACUCCGCCUACGUGAUUUGCUGGAUAUUUCCCCUACCCUCACUGAGGCAGCUGGCGCCAUUGUUGAUGUAAUAAUCUCUGCUCCUUUUCUAUUUUACUACUUUGCUUUAUUUUUGGUUUUCUUUUUAUUCUUCUUAGGUUUUAGUUUUGCUUGUGUGCUGUACUGAUUUGACUGUCAAUCACUGAUUAGGUUGUGGAUUUUCGGAGAGAAACAUUUCUGAAGCCUGUAUCUCUUUUUUUGGGUAUAAUCUGUUGACACUGUAGCUUGUGCUGAGAAAUAUACAUAUGUAAAACGGGCCUUUUGAAGCCUGUAUCUCUUUUUCGGAGUAAUGAAUUUGACUGUGCUGCAAAUCGGGCGAAGGAUGUAUAAAAAUAAAUGUUAUUAGCCGUCUGCAUAUGAACUAACUUCAUACUUGGUUAUAGGUUUGAUUUUUCUGAGCUUUUAGUGAAAAGCUGGUAUUUCCUUCCUCUAUUGUUAGGAUUAGUUCAGUAUACACUUUAGCUUAACUUAGAAUAGGUACUAGAUUUUCAGAUUGUUUAGAGCUCAAUUCUUCUGAUAUUUAUGACAGGACUCCUUCACACGAUGUUUCAAGUCCAUUCCUCCGGAACCAUGGAACUGGAAUAUUUAUCUUUUUCCUUUGUGGUGCAUGGGUGUGCUGGUCAGAUACCUUAUCCUCUUCCCUCUCAGGGUUAUUGUAUUGACUUUGGGAUGGCUAAUAUUCCUCUCCUGCUAUAUUCCUGUGCAUGUACUAUUGAAAGGCAAUGACAAAUUGAGGAAAAAAUUGGAGAGGGUUCUGGUGGAGUUGAUUUGCAGUUUCUUUGUUGCAUCAUGGACCGGGGUUGUCAAGUAUCAUGGCCCACGGCCAAGCAUCCGGCCUAAGCAAGUGUUCGUGGCAAACCACACUUCAAUGAUUGAUUUCAUCAUUCUAGAACAGAUGACUGCAUUUGCUGUAAUUAUGCAGAAGCAUCCCGGGUGGGUUGGAUUAUUGCAAAGUACUAUCCUAGAAAGUGUUGGAUGUAUCUGGUUCAAUCGGUCAGAGGCUAAGGACCGUGAAAUUGUAGCCAGAAAGCUUAGGGAACAUGUUGAAGGUGCCGAUAAUAACCCUCUUCUUAUUUUUCCUGAAGGAACAUGUGUAAACAACCAUUACACUGUUAUGUUCAAAAAGGGUGCUUUUGAACUUGGAGCCACUGUUUGCCCAGUUGCAAUCAAGUACAACAAGAUCUUUGUCGACGCCUUCUGGAAUAGUCGAAAACAAUCAUUCACAAUGCAUCUGUUGCAACUAAUGACAUCGUGGGCUGUUGUUUGUGAUGUCUGGUACCUGGAGCCUCAAAAUCUGAGGCCUGGAGAAACACCGAUUGAAUUUGCUGAGAGGGUGAGGGACAUUAUUUCUGUACGAGCCGGUCUUAAAAAGGUUCCAUGGGAUGGAUAUUUGAAAUAUUCACGUCCUAGUCCUAAACAUAGAGAACGGAAGCAACAGGGCUUUGCCGAAUCAAUGCUGCGUCGUCUUGAGGAGAGAUAGAGAAAUAAAUAUGGUGAAAGAUGGAUACCAGCGUUUGUUCAUUUUUGUUUGUGUCUCUGCUUUGAGGUGGUUGAGACUUGAACGUUUUGUUCCAAAAGCACAAUCAGUAGUGAGAAAUUUAAAUAUUUUUUAAACUGUUAUUUUUAUUUUCAUAUUAAUCUUUAACUAUUACAGUCGAUGUGCAAUUAAUUGUUGAUGAUUGUGGUUUUGUUCAACACAAAUGAGAAUAAUCUAACCAAAACAGCG